AUGCAACAUCUCCUAAGGGAGGAAUGCAUUGCAUUGCUCUUGCUUUCGAUUGAUGACAACUUCCUUCUCAUGUUCCUGCGACACAGCAAGUACGUUCACUCGAAAGCGCAGGCCAGGUUGGAUAACUUUUGCACCCUCUCCACCAUGAAGUCCAUUGGCGACAUCGUCUGGGCAACCCCAGUCAACUUGAAGUCGAAGACACUUGACGGCUACCUCAAUGCAGGCAUUCAUCUUCCUCUGGACUACACGGAAAACGGGAAAAUAUGCGUAUGGAUACGUCUAGGCGUGUGGAAUCUCGACAAACUGUCAUUUGGACAAAUACUCUACUACGCCUACAAAGUUAUUUUCAUGAUCGCCUCAGAUCCACGAGCUAUAAUCGCUGGAAGCGCAGUUAUUAUUGACUUUACUGGUGCCACCUCCAGACACAUUCGCAAAGAUCCGAACGAAAUGAAAUCGUGGGUCAGAUUUGUCCAGGAGGCAGUGCCGUUGAGACCUCGUCAUAUAAUUUUCUACAAUGAGGGCAAACUUCUAGACACCAUGAUGAGUGUCAUGAUGUUCUACGUGAAGGAGAAGAUGAAAGACCGAAUAGUGCGGUGCGGUUCGGAUAUUGAGAAAGCCUUUGAAGCUGAGCCGGACCUGAGAGCUGUGCUGCCACCAGAAUUAGGGGGUGAAGGCAAACCCGUCGAAAAUCUCAUUCAGGCGAACAAGAGGCACUUCCUUGAAUUUUACGGGAAAGGUGAUCCAACAGGAACAAUUAAGGUGGAUGAAUCGAAGAGGCCGAUCUCGACUCGCGAUUUCCUGCAUGACUACAAAGAAUACGACUUAAAUAUCAUGGGGAAGAGCGGGACAUAUGUUAAGGUGGAUCAGAGCGAAAUAUAA